UGAGCUGCCUUUGUGGAGAGCAAGACUUUGGUUGUCGAGGUUACACCUCGAUGAUUAGCUACUUUCCAGUUGAAAUCAUGGUCAUUGUCACGGCCCAUAUGCUGGCCUGUUGCAUCUGGGCAGGGCAAACCCUUCUUGGACGAUGAAGACUUGAAAUACUGGAGGUUCCUGCUUCCACCCCUGUUGAAGCCUCUCAUCGAUUCAUUCUUGUCCGUCACUAAUUCUCGGUGAAGAGUCCAACUCUAGUCUUUCAUUCAGUUUUUCUCCUCCUCACAAUGAAGUCCGCUCCAGUUAUCGCCGCCUUUGUCGGCUCAUCCACUGCAUUGACAUGCUCUCUCUCUACCACCGUGGUCUGCCCUACCAACGGCCUCCUUGGCUGCUACCUUAGCACCGUCACACCCGCGGGAUGUGUCGUGCCACCGACCACUAGCGCUUCGCCAGUGAGCACGUCUGUGACUGGAGAGUGGAAUGACUGGACUACUGCGACCACAACGAAGGCAACCACCACAACCAAAGCCACAACCAGUGCUACAGGAGAAUGGGACGACUGGACGAGCACCACCACUGCCAGCACCAAGAAGGCAACCACCACCAGUGUUUCAGGAGCUUGGGAUGACUGGACGAGCACCACUAAGAAGGCAACCACCACCAAGAAGGCGACUACUACCACCAGUGCUUCUGGAGCCUGGAACGAUUGGACCACCAUCACCACUGAGGAGCCAUCCACGUGGGCUGACUGGUCCAGCAAGCCGGUCACCAAGACGAUUACCAAGUCCGGCUCGAUAAUCACCGUGACUGGCACUGCCUCAUGGGAUGACUGGUCCAGCACGCUGGUCACCAAGACCCUCACUCAAACUGGCUCCAAAUCUACUGUGACCGGUUCCAAGUCCACCGUUACUGGUUCCGUGUCCACCGUGCCCGGCUGGGGCGCCUCCAGCGCAUCUACUCCCGUUGCUGGCAUGAGCACCGUGACUGGUGGCGCAUGGACUUCGCCAGCUGCUUAUGCUGGAACCUCGACGGGCGUCGCACCUGCUGUGUACACCGGUGCUGCCACCAUGCCCAAGGCCGAGUUGUCGCUGAUGGCUCUUGUGGGUCUUGCUUUUGCUUUGUAGACGACUUCGGUCUACAUGGGGGUUUCGCAGAGAUUGGAGUAUUUAUUCAAUGGCUUUGGUUUAUUUGGAUUUCUUCACAGUCUUCGGACUACUUGGACAUUAGAUUUCACCUGAGCAACAGUUCUCCGGCUGGCGGGCUAUAUCUGUCAUCUCAAGGUUUCAAUUAAUGAUCUUUUUCCACUGUUCAA